GACGAAUCUGACAAGUUCAAGGUACAGCGGUCCGUCCAUAAAAACAGUCCGACCGGAAACACGUCACGGAACGGAAAUCCGUUUACAGCCGUAUCACACAGUACAUCAGUUGCUUUCUCUAUUUCUGGCUGUUGUCAUAACAAACGUCUCACUGAUAAGAUCUCCAUCCAUAUUAAGACCCUUCAUCAGUAACUGGAGGCCGCCCGCCGCUGCCUGAUGUCAUCAACUACCCAUAAUGCUGCAGUCACAGAGUCACCCCGACCCGCCACCGCAGUAAUGUAGUGUGUGUGUAAUGCAGGUGUUCUAUUAUUCAAAACUGGUGGACUGGUGCUGUUUAUGACGCUGGUUUGCAUUUGAUGAAUCUGUCCCCCGAGCCACAGACACAGUGAGGAUGAACUCCUCCUCUCAGAACUCGUCUGAGGAAUCUCAGUGGAACCCCUGCCCUUCCUCUCCAUAUGGAGUCCAGGUCUUCUUUGUGGUGGAGGCUGUCAACCUCCUGUUCGGCCUGCCAGUGAAUGCCUGGACAGUCUGGUUGAUCUCCCACAACUCUCACUCUAUCCAAGCCUCCGAGGUGUUUACUCUGAACUUGGCGUUGCUGGAGUGUGUGUACAGUCUGCUCUCUUUCCUUCGACCGCUCAACUAUUACGUCAUCAAAAGCACCUCCCUGUAUACGUUCAACCUCUUCUUCUACGGUCUGCUUAGUGCAGGACGACCUCUGUUUCAGGCAUGUGUGUGUCUGGAGAGAUACCUGGGAGUGGUUCAUCCCGUCUCCUACCUGAGGUAUAACUCUGUGCGGACUCGUCUCUGCACUCUCCCUCUGGUUUGGGGUUUGAUUCUGUCCUUGUGCGUUUGUAACAUCUGGAAGUUGGUCCUUGCCUUCCCGAUCCUCUUCCUGUUGCUGUUGCUCCUGCAGGCUUACUGCUGUGUCCGCAUCCUGCAGGUUCUGUGUCAACCCGGUCCAGGCGACGGCACCAGAAAGCACAAAGUUGAUCCAGCCAAGAAAAAGGCCUUCAUUACAGUUCUGGUCAUACAGGUAAUGAUGGUGUUGAACUACCUGCCCAUGGUGCUGGUGGUGCCACUGCGAGGUCGGCUUUCUCGUCACAGUUACGUGUGUCAACUGCUUCCUGCCUCUCUCUCUUUCUCUGUGUUCGGCAGCUUCAUCCAACCUCUCAUGUACCUCAUGAGAAGAGGAAAGUUUCCCAGCAAGGCCAAAGGUUAACAGUCUACUUACCAGCAACGAAAAGCCAGAAAUGUUGAGUACCCCAGAGUUGUAUGUUAGAAAUAUACAGUAUGGGUCCCUAGCAUUUACAUGUACUGCCAGAUGAUAACUGGCAUAUGUUGGGAAAUCAGCAUUUAAUUAGCAUUAAUAAGCACCUAUAUGGACAAUAUUUCUUGAUUUGGAGGGUUAUUGAGUAAGCUGAAUCAAUUGAAUCAGAAGUAGCCAUAUUUCAACUCCCAGUUGGCUGAUUUAUAUUAAUUUUGAGGUUAUUAACAUGCUUAUACAUUGGACCUGCAUUUGAAUAAAGAGAGCUCAAUGUCAUUUGUGUAAAUGUUCAGACGUAAUAUUUAUUCAAAAUUCUUUAUUCUUCUGUGUCUCAAAAUCAACUCCAACUUAAUCAAACUCAUCCCACCGGGAGUUGAAAUAUGGUCACUUCUGGUUUCAAUGGCCAUUUUCUAUUUUGAAAAUGUCAGAUGGAUUUAGCAUCCUCAAUAACCCUACAAACCACUCCAAUAUUGUCUAAAUCAGCCAAGCAGUUGCUGAAAUAUUGUCCAUAUAGGUGAUAUGCUUAUUAAUUUUAUUUGUCCAACAUAUGCCAGUUAGUUAGUUUCUAAACGCUGGGGAGCCUGACUGUACAUUUCUAACAUAAAACUUUGUGAUACUCAACAUUUCUAGGUUUACAACAGGGCUCUAGUGGCUGGCAAAUGGACUAUAACUUCAGGAUUGUGGUUAAACAGCACCAUACAUUUAUUACAAGACCAAGCGCCAUAAUUUGGGGCUGGAUGAUAAAAAUACAUAGAAAUUCACUUAAAACUCACACUUUGGUCUUGAUUGCACCAGAUCUUGGACUGGAGGUGAAAACUAAUGACAAUUCUUGUGAGAAUAUUAUGCUGGACUGGCACUUGUAAAGUUUGAAUGAUUAAUGACGAUAACAUUAGUGGUUUGGAAUAAUGCAAAUAAGCCUAUUUUGCUUCCAUGCUGAUAAAAACAACACAAACAGUCAUUAUUAGGACAUCUGUUCACAGACGGGUUACUACAUCAGAAAUAGAUACUGCUCUCAAGGUUGGUCUACUUUACAUUUGUUUAAAAAGUUUACUUUACUUACUUUAAUGUAACAUAAUUUGUGUGGCCCACAUUCUGUGUUCACUGUGAGGUUGUUAUUAUAUUGUUACAUUUAAAAAAAUAGGGAUUUUCUACUAUGUUGUAUCAGUUUAUCAGCUUCAAGGAUUUACAUUCAAAUUUACAAAAAGAUUUUUAUCAAAAUAUUUUGUACACGUAUUUAGUAAAUUUCAUAUUAUUUUGUUUUCUUUGAGUUUUCUUUAAAUCUUUUUUAAAACUAUUUUAACUUUUAACCAUCACGGUGGGCAAAGGACAUUAUAAUAACUGUUUUGUGUUUUAUACAUUUAGCCCUUGCAUCUUACAUACUGAACAAAAAGCACCUUUGUCUGUCAAGCUCUGAUAGUUUAGUUGGUGGAUCUGUAUCCAGAUCUGCAGUGUGCGAACUAUACCACGGCUUUCUUUUUUUCAACUGUUGUGGGGGACAGACGGUGACACACAGUACGCUGACUACAAAUCGAUAAAAUAUUAAUGUAUAUUUUCUGAUCUGAACAUCAAUGAUAUUGUGCAGCUACGCUUUAAUGGUGUAUCAGAAUAGCAGUGUCUUUAUUAAAGUGAAUAAGUAAUGAAUCACCCUCAUGCACAAUUACAUUAAGUAAGUUUACACAUAAUGAUGAUGAAGAUAUAAAGAAAUAGAAGUGCAUGUCAGAAAUAGCCCCCAAAAUUUCACAAAUCAUGUUUUCAGGGGAGCUUAUGUCUUAUUAAGAGGAGUCCAUCUCCCCCUGGCUUUGUAUCUGUAUAUCAUAUCAUACAAAAAUAAAAACAGUCAAAAAUUCAGUCUGUAAUCUUCUGCAUUCUGUCUGUAUCUUUGACAAAUACAAAGAAACGUGUCACCA